UACAAAAUACAAACUUUAUCCAAUUUUUAAAUGUGAAAACACUGCUUUGAAACCUGUACUCAGCAAUGACAUUUGCCCUGUUGUCAAAAAAAUGUCAGCCAACAAGGAAAGUAACCUUGUUCAGGCUUACAUCGAAUUAAAUAAAUUCUGCCAGAAUGGUGACUAUGAUAGAGCCUUAAAAGCUUCAGGAAAAAUUCUCCAAAUAGCUCCCACUGAGCAAAAAGCAUUCCACUGCAAAGUGAUAUGCCACAUCCAGCUGCAUAACUUCAAGGAAGCGCUCACUGCCCUCACAAGUUCUAAAAAUGCAGCACUCGCAGCUGAUCUGCAUUUUGAAAAGGCGUACACCCAGUACCGUCUUAACAUGCCAAAGGAUGCUUUGCAGACUGUUGACAAAGCACCAGAGUUGACACCAGCUUUGAAAGAACUAAGAGCUCAAAUCUUGUAUCGUUUAGAGCAGUAUCAGGAAUGUUACAAUCUUUACCGUGACUUAGUGAAGAACACCACUGAUGAAUAUGAAGAUGAGAGGAAGGCAAACAUGGCCGCCGUUGUUGCCAACUUGGCAGCUCUUAAUCCGACAUCAGAGCUGCCUCAAUUUGACGACAAUACAUACGAACUGGCCUACAACGCCGGCAGUACAAUGGCCAUGCGCGGCAAGUACAAUGAAGCCCUUGGCAUGUUGAAAAGAGCAGAACAAGCUUGCUCUGAAAGUGUGAUUGAUGAUGGAGGCACUGAAGAGGAAGCAAAGGAAGAAGCUGCUAUUAUAAGGGUCCAACAGGCUUACUGUCUCCAACAAAUGGGCAAAGAAAAAGAAGCGGUUACUAUCUAUCAGAAUGUUUUGAAAGACAAGCCAAGUGAUCAAGCAUUGAUUGCCAUCGCUAGCAACAACAUUGUUGUCAUUAAUAGAGAUGGAAAUGUUUUCGAUUCUCGCAAGCGCAUGAAGGCAGCUACUGCAGAUGGUUUGGAGCACAAGUUGAACUCAAGACAACGUUCAGCCAUUGCCUACAAUCAAGCAUUGCUUGCCAUCUAUUCUAAUCAGCCCGAUUUCUGCAAGCAAUGCUGCGUGAAACUAGUAAAAGAGUUCGGUGACGAGCGGCGCGCCGCUUUGAUUGAAGCUUCGUCUUUGGCCAAGGAAGGCAAGAAAGAUCAGGCCGUGGCGUUGCUGCUUAAACAUGGUGGCAAUUUGCAGUUCGCAGCCGUGCAAAUAUUGCUUUCCCAAGGCGAUAAGAAAGCAGCAGUGAAACUUCUAGAAGAGAGUGAGUUCAAGUACCGUCCAGGUGUGGUUGGAGUGUUGUGUACACUGAUGAGUGCUGAUAAUGAAUUGGGCAGAGCUUCUCAACUAUUCACAGACGUUUAUGAACAUUACAAAAAAGACGAGCAACUGAUGUCGCUACGCGCAGUUUGGCGCGCAGCUGCGGCGGCGCACGCGCGUGCUGGCCGCUCGAGCGAAGCGGCCGCCGCGCACGAGGCGCUCGCACGUGCCGAGCCCGCCGACAAGCGCAGCCUGGCGCGCCUCGUCAAGGCGCUCGCUCCCGCCGAUCCUCGCCGCGCUGCGGAACUCGCCGCAGGACUGCCGCCCAUCCAUGAGAUCGAGAGUAAAAUCGACAUCGAUGCGCUGGAGUCGUCUAAAUGGAUGAUGGGUGCUAAAGUAGUUAAGAAGACUGUUCAGAGCAAGCAGGAACAAUCGCCCGGAACGCCCGGCUCGGAGUUGCUCCAGAAGAAGAAACAAAAGCGUAGGCGCAAGACCAAGCUGCCGCCAAACGCGGAUCUCUCCAAGCCCCCGGAUCCAGAAAGAUGGUUACCGAAAUACGAACGUACGGCGUACAGAAAGCGUCGCGGUGUAAGGCGUGACGUCAUCAAGGGCAGCCAGGGAAUGUCUACAACCGCCACUGACCAAUAUGACAUGAGUAAACAACAAACUACUCCGUCAUCCGCUGCUUCAGCCAAGAGCCCUCGCGUCGAAUCCAAGCAGACGGAGAGCGCGUGGCAACGCAAGCAACAACAGAAGAAGAAAGGAAAAGGUCGCAAGUGGUAGACACAUAUGGCAAUAAACAAUUUAUAUAUCA